AUGGACUCUAGCCAAGAGGCGCGGCUUUGGUUCUUGAGGCUGCUGCGGCGGGCUUUGGCCCCUGGAGGCAGAGCUGAACCUGGCGGGGACGAUUUGUCGAGGCGGGCCCUUGCCCGAGGGCAUGUACUGCCAUGGAUCAUGAGUUUAGCCGGCUCCAAAGAGCUUGGAAGCUUUCCGGUUCUACUCGAGGUGAUCAAUUGCUUGGAAGCUGCGUUGCGAGCUGCGACCUUUGCAGCUGAAGGAGUGGCUCUGAGACUCUCAGUUGCUGAAUGGACUGCCAAUCAGGCUGCGCGCCCUGGUGGUGCCCGUCAUUCGGUGCAGGUCCUGUUGUCAUUGGGACGUCUUGUCACUGCCUUGCUGAAGAUGCCAGGCCAUGAUUUGGAGAAGAGCCGGGUGGCCAACGAUGGCACGCAGCUCUUGGCUAUAGGCAGCUGA